AUGGCCAGCAUAGAUGCAUUAGCAACCAGGUUUUACUCAUUUGACAAAAUGUACAGUCAAGAUUUACGAGAGCAAACUUUUGCAGACUGGCCAUUUCGAGAGGAAUGUAACUGCACACCUGAAAAGAUGGCCAAGGCUGGGUUUGUCCACUGCCCCAGUGAGAAUGAACCUGAUGUUGCCUGCUGUUUCUUCUGUCUGAUUGAGCUUGAGGGCUGGGAGCCAGAUGAUGACCCCUGGUCUGAACACACAAAACGCUCACCUAACUGUGGAUUUGUAACCUUGAAGAAAGACUUCACAGAGCUAACUGUGGCUGAAUUCUAUCACAUGGAAAAAGAGAGGCUGAGGGUCUACGUUAGAAAGGUUUGUCAUAAGAAGAUGGCCUAUUUGCGAGAUAACAUAGACCAUACGCAUGAGAGCCUUAAAUCCUGGAAGGAAAUCUAA